UCCUAUAUUUUGAAAUGGUUUGUGCCCCACCAAUUUUUUACACUGAGCAUAUUCCAUUACCCGAGACACUCUGGAACAGUGGGAUUAAGACCAGGCUAUUAUUUGACAGCAUCCCUUGGGUAAUUAGCAUUAAGUCUCUUGCUUAAGGGCAGAACAACCAAUUUAUUUAUUUUUCAUUGUUGGCUAAGGGAUUCAAACUAAAAACCUUUGGGUAUUGACCCAGUGCUCUAAUCACUAGGCUACCUGCAUUCCUUAUGCUGUGUAAUAUACAAUAUCUUUAAUAUAUAGUGUGUGGUUGAGGUUGCAAAGACGAAGUACACAAAUACCAUCAAGGACUAAGCCCCAACUUCAUAGUAACACUGAUAGUAUCCCACUCUCUUUUUUUAAGCUACUAGACAGUAUCAAUGGUACCUUCUCCUUGCAAAAGUCAUCCACCUGAAGUGUAUGUUCCUUUCCAUGUAUUAUUUGUCUCUCUGUUCUUGGAGACAUAUGGGUGGAUAGAAUCAGACACACCCAUAUCUUCGCCUAACCCAAACUCCAAACUAUGGUUUUCCUGCCUAACCAGACUCUCCACUCCACACACCUGUUGAGAGUGUGAAUAACUAGAUUCUCUUUGUUUAUGCCACAGCCUCUGGGAGUAUGCAAGUUAUUUGAGGGGAUUUCAUUUUCACAAUCAGGACAAAGUUAAGAAGCACAAUAGAAUACUACCGCUGUUAAACGACAAAGUUGUUCAAUGUUAAAGUUCACACAUUCCUGGAAGGUUUGAACAAAAUGGCUUUCAGUUUGUCAUUCCCAGAAGAGGAUUUACUCUGUCCUGUGUGCUGUGACAUCUUCAAGGAUCCCAUCGUCCUGUCGUGUAGCCACAGCUUCUGUAAAAUCUGUCUGCAAGAAUUUUGGAAACAAAACAAAUGUCUGGAAUGUCCAGUGUGCAGAAGAAGGUCCUCGAAGUCUGAACCUCCUUGUAACCGGGCCUUAAAGAAUUUGUGCGAAUCCUUCUUACAGCAGAGACAUCAGAGUGCUCCAGUUCUGCAGAGACCUGCAGUUCUCUGUAGUCAGCACAAUGAAAAACUCCAGCUCUUCUGUCUGGAGGAUAAACAACCUAUCUGUUUGGUGUGCCAGGCAUCAAAGACCCACAGAUCUCAUAACUUUGUCCCAAUUGAUGAGGCUGCACAGGACCACAAGGAGGAACUCCAGAUUGCUAAGGUGCCACUGAAAGAGAAACUGAAGGCCUUUAAUGAAAUGAAAGAAAUCUGUGAUAAAACAGCAGAUUAUAUUACGAGUCAGGUCCAGCAGGCAGAAGGAGAUAUUAAGAAGGAGUUUGAGAGGCUCCACCAGUUUCUGCGCAAAGAAGAGGCGGCCAGGAUAGCUGAAUUGAAAGAGGAAGGCAAGCAGAAGAGUUUGAUAAUGAUGGAAAAGAUUGAGGAGCUGAACAGAUUGAUAUCAUCCCUUUCAGACACAAUCAGAGCUAUUGAGAAGGAACUGAGAGCUGAAGACAUCUCAUUCCUCCAGAACAUCAAGGCCACCAUAAUAAGGGCCAAGUGCACACUGCCAAAUCCACAGCCGGUUUCAGGAGCGCUGAUAGAUAAAGCCAGACACCUGGGAAACCUGCCUUUCAGAGUCUGGGAGAAGAUGCAGGAGAUUGUUAAACACACCACUGUAGUUCUGGACCCAAACACUGCGCAUGCCUCUCUCUGUCUAACUGAUGAUCUGACUGGUGUGAAAUGCUCAGACCAAAAGCAGCAGCUCCCUGAAAACCCAGAGCGGUCUGCAUUCUAUGCAGAUGUUCUGGGCUCUGAGGGGUUCCUCUCAGGGAAGCACAGCUGGGAGGUAGAGGUGGGGAAGCAUCCUUACUGGUUUGUGGGAGUGGUCAAAGAGUCAGCUGACAGGAAGGUGAAGAUAAAGAGAACACCCAGAUUUGGAAUCUGGGAAAUAGGACAGGUGGGUGGUCAAUAUUUUGCGGCCGGUGGGUCCAUCAGUCUGAAGAAGAGACCCGAGAAGAUCAGAGUACAGCUGGAUUAUGACAGGGGAGAGGUGUCCUUCUGCGACCCUGAAGACAAGACGGUCCUCUUUACCUAUAAAGACACAUUUACUGAGAGAAUGUACCCAUUGUUCUCUGUUGGAAUGGCUGAUAAUUACAACCGAGAUCUACAGAUCUGCCAAUCAGAGGUGUUUUUGAAAGUCGUUUCAACAGACUGAGGUGUCCAGCUCCUCAUCAGGUGGUGAGGUAUUUGCUGAACAAUGCCAAUGUUUUAAAAGUGACUAUCAACAAUGUGAUCAUUAUGAUGACAAAGAUGGUUUGCCCAGAGCUUUAUGUUUAGAAUAGCUGUCGUUCAGAUUGAAACAUCUAGCUGUCUUUGAGAAUUUGAAGCAUUACUGUUGGUUAUUAAAUCUAUUGAUUCUUGUUGUAAAACAGAUAACAUACAAAAUAAUUUUUUUCUGAGUUCAAUAUUUGUUUUACAAAGUCAAAGGUCUUGUAACUAUUGCUUGAAGUCUGCUCUCUUUAGGUAACUGAAUAAUUAGAAAAAAUGCAGAGCAGUGGUCCAGGGUUAAUACUACAGGCUCCAUGCUAAUAUGUGGUUGACCACUGAUCUAUCAAUCAUCUGCCUCACUCAGUUUUUCACUUUCAGUAUAAAAAGCCUAGGGAAAAAACUAAGAAAUAUAUGUAGGGAGUGUCCACUCAUCUUUUUAAACAGAAUAAAAUCCUUAUUACUUUCCUGGUUACAGUGUCUUUGUCAAAAGUUUUUUGGAUUAAAGCAUAGGUGUCGAAUUGGUUCCACAGAGGGUCAAGUGCCAGCAGGUUUCCAGUCUUACCUUGUGUGAUUGACUAAUAAGGUUACAAAUUAGUCAGGAUCUACCCUCACCUGGUUGUUAAGGUUUGAACUAGGCACCAAUUUACUUUUGUUUUUUACAAUUGCUAACAUCCUUUUGUCCAAUAGUCACAUUUUCAGAACUCUAAACACAAUUGGCACAAUAUCUGUCUUUUUUUUGGACCAUACCAUUAACACAAUUCAUGUUGUUUUCACAGAGUUUGCAGUAAAUUAACACAUUUCUAAAAUGCUUACAUUUUCUUUACAUACAAGCUUGCCUAAUACCAAAAUUAUGGAUUUGUAUUGGCUAAUUUACAAAUGCUUGCACACAGCAUGCCAGAAAUGAAGACCUAAUGUUCAAAACCUUAAAUAUUGUAUAAAGGCUUUACUUCUGCUACAACAGCAGUUCAAAAGCUAUAUUGAAACAACUGAAAAGCAUUUUUGAAUGAACAGGUCAUUGAAACAUUGAGAAAUAGCUGUAAGUUGUUUUAUUUUUACACAUUUUGAACCAAAGGUCAUGUUUGUUGGAGUUAUUGUUACUCUCUGGCAGCAAUUUCAUGUUGCUAAUAAUGCUUUUAUUGUAGCAAUUCUGUC